GCGAAGGAAGGGUAAACACUAAGAGGAAAACAAUACGACUUGAUGUAGUUUUAUAAUAAAUAGUGCAAAUAUGUCUCAGAUAAAGUCUGAAAUCAAGCAGCCUGAUCCUAAAGAUGACAAAACUUACUGUGUCUCAAGUGAAGAUGGUGACCAUUCAACAUUAGGAAUGGAGGAGAUCAUCACAGUUCAGUACCGGCUGCCAGAUUCAUAUUGUUUUGAGUCUGCAAUAUUUUUUGACAAGAAUACUAUUGAGAGACCCUCAUUACACAAAAUGGUGAAAGAGUGGCACACAGAUAUUCUUCAGAAGAGAAUGACAAAAAAGAAAAAGAAUGAAGAAGCCAUCGCUCUGACUCGGACAAGGAAUGAAAGUCAGUGUAGUGUAGACUCUUUCACUGUCAGUGGGGAGAGUCAGGAGCUAACAGUGGAUUCUGGUCAGGACGCAAGUGAAGAUAGUCAAGAUUUACUUGCAGACUCAUUUGAGUUAGAACUGGAGAAAACCCCUGAAGACGUAAUACCUAUGGAUGAAGUUCCUCUUCAAAGUGGCAACAUGUCAUCAUCCUCCCCAGCAAAUGUGAGUGAUUCCCAUGUGAGUUCAUCCUCUACAGUUCUGGACCCAAGAUCAACUACAGCAUCUUUGCACCAGAACUCAGACUCCAGUUUGUCAUUUCUUGCUAAAUCACAACUGAAAAUUUCUGUUCCCAGAUUAACAAUUCUAUCUUCUUCACAGUCAACAAACUCUUUCUCAGGUUUAUCAUAUUCAACCCAAUCAAAUUUUGGACUCGGUGGAACUACAGUAAUAACAACACCUCUUGGAGUACUGCACCAGGAGGACCCAGCUCAUCGUGUGUCAUCCUCAACAUCUGAUCCAGAGCAAGAUAGACCUAGUUUGUCAUCACUUGCAGCAUCUUCUCUACCAACAACAGGAAUUAAAAAUGCUGGACCCAGUUUGUCAUCACUUGCAGCAUCUUCUCUACCAACAACAGGAAUUAAAAAUGCUGGACCUAGUUUGUCAUCACUUGCAGCAUCUUCUCUACCAACAACAGGAAUUAAAAAUGCUGGAUCCAGUUUGUCAUCUCUUGCAGCAGCACACACUAUGGAUGUUGAGUCCAGUUCAUCUUCUCUACCAACAACAGGAAUUAAAAAUGCUGGACCCAGUUUGUCAUCUCUUGCAGCAGCACACACUAUGGAUGUUGAGUCCAGUUCAUUUUCUCUACCAACAACAGGAAUUAAAAAUGCUGGACCAGUUUGUCAUCUCUUGCAUCUUUUUCUCUACCAACAACAGGAAUUAAAAAUGCUGGACCCAGUUUGUCAUCUCUUGCAGCAGCACACACUAUGGAUGUUGAGUCCAGUUCAUUUUCUCUACCAACAACAGGAAUUAAAAAUGCUGGACCCAGUUUGUCAUCUCUUGCAGCAGCACACACUAUGGAUGUUGUGUCCAGUUCAUCAUUCCUACCUUCAACAGGAAUUAAAAACUCUGGACCCAGUUUACAGUUAGUCACAUCAACUCAGACAAAAAAUCCUGAGCCUGUCUUGUCAUUAACAGGCAAUAAGAACUCUGGACCCAGCUUGUCAUCACUUGCAGCAGUAUACAUGGGUAACACAGAAUCCAGUUUGUCAACUCUUGCAAAUUCCUGUGUAGGCAGUUUUGGGUACAAUACCCCACCCUUUCUUAGUUCAAGUCCAAACUGGAAACCAACAGCUUCUCUGCCCUCUGGAGAUGCAAUAAAACUCCUUGAAAAAAAAAUUUGUCCCGCAGAAUCAACAAAUUUGAAUCCAUUGUCCCAUCAGCAAAGCUUGAUACUUUCUGAAUCUAUGCAACCACCAUCCUCUGGUUUGAGUAUCCCAAAACUAGUUGUUUCACCAAAAGACAGAAGUGCACUUGAUUCUUCUGGUUGUGAUUUUGCAAGUUUGAGUUUUGGUGGUGCUCUGCCCUUUCCAGUGACACUAAGCAAUAUAGGAAAGGACAAGUCUCUUGAAAAUUUGGAUCCUGUUCGCAACUCACCUACUUCUCUCAAUAUGUCUGGUUCAGAAGGUGUCUCUCUGUCUGUGUCCUCAGAUUCACCCAUGGCUGAUGUCACUUGCCUGUCAUCAGCUGGUAGCAUGAAUUCUUUUGGAAAGGAGUUGCCAGGUCUCAUUAAGCCUCUGUCUUCUAUACAGAAUCCCCAGGUCAUACAACCACUUCCUGGACUCACACUCCCACCUGGCCUAUCACUCCCUCCUGGUUUGCCUCCACCACCUGGUUUAUUUCCACCACCUGGUUUGCCUCCACCACCUGGUUUGCCUCCACCACCUGGUUUAUCUCCACCACCUGGUUUACCUCCACCACCUGGUAUGCUCCCCCACCCUAGAUUUCUUCCUCAAUCUGGUCUAGUUCCUUACCAACAUUCACCAUCAACAAUGCAAGAUUUAUCAGUCUCAGAAUUCUCCCUUGACAGCCAUCGUCACCCAAAGCUUCAUCAGCCGUUUUCUCCUGACAACGAUCAUCCUGAAAAGGAAAAUCUAGAACUGGUGUUGCAGAUGGAUGAGGCAAUUGAUGACAUAGUUCCUGAUAUUGAUUUGCAAGCUGCUCUCAUGAAGCCUCCAGAGAAGAUUGACCCAGUUGUUAAGAAUGAGGCAUCGAGAGAUCUAGCAAUGAUCAUAGAAUGCGGCCAGUUUGAGAGCGAUUCAUCUUUGUGUAAACCUUGUCCUUCAUCUUUUGGUCAGGUAAUGGCAAGAAUACCCCCCACUCCUAGAGUAAAGCGGCUGACUGAAAAAACCAUAACUGUUCCGUUCCGCAUUUUUAGGUUUGAUUGUCCCUCCCCGGAUGAGCUUAUACGAGAAGCUCUGCAGGACCAUCAGAACCCCGCCUGGUACAAACUGACAUCCAGGGAGAGGCAGAGUAGAAGAUAGUUGUGUCCAUGUCAUUAUUGUAUUAGAUUUGUAUUGUGAAUAGUAUACUGUACUUGUACUGUAUAGUGAAGUACAGUAUAGAACUAAGUCUCUGCAGGUGAGACUGCAGUGUAGCACAAUAAUUUAUAACUUUUAUGAUAAGAAUUUCAUCGAAAUGCUGAUGUAGUUAUGUAGGCAAUAUCUGAGACUAUAUUUAUAAGGAAGGAAAGUGUUUCAAUCCCAACUCAUAUACAAAGUACUGUAUAUGAUUGCAGAGUAAAGAAUUUAAGUGGCAAUCAUUGAUAAUCAUAUUGGCAUUGUAAACUUGGCAAACUGCAGUAUUUUCCAGCAUUGUCUUCAUCAACUCCUGGUGAUCACUGGAGUGGUUGGCUGUCUGCUUCACAUAUUAUACCCAAGAUGUAGGCUAAGAGGUGUUGUCAUCAGCUGUGUCAACCUGAAACUUGUCUGCACAGCUUUUAUUAUGAUAUUGGAUGGAUCGUGGUGACUUGUUGGGCAUCAUUAUCAUUCAGAGACAAAGUGCAGUUUUACAUGAUUACUGUACAACAUCAAAGAUCAACAACUUGCCCAAAACUGGGUAACGGGUUAUCGUAAAUAAUUAUUUUUAAAUAUUAGAACUUAUUUUGACAAUGUUCAUAUGGCUUUUCUGCUUAAAAUAUGUGUAGUCCUAUAAAAUUACAAUGAUAAUAUGUAUUUUGUAUAUUGUACAGUAUAUAAGCUAAAAAUUUUUGAGUAAUAUGGUGGUUACAUCAGGUAAUUGAUGGGUGUAGUCAGCUGUCCACUUUAGUGUGAUAACAAGGAGGUGGGUGAGGCAGUGGCUGAAGACAGUGCAGGUCAAGAUAUACUAACAAGUACAUACAAGUACAAAGAAAACAAAAUCCAUGUUUUGUUUCAUUUGCUGAUGAGUCAAGUGCAGUACCUAGUAUUUGCUUGACUAUGGUUGGACAGAUAAGAAACGUUUGUGCAAUAAUGUCUGAUGUUGGCUAUGCUAAAGGUUUUAAUAUCAGUAGCUAUAAGGAAAUAUGUGAUAAAGCAUUUUACUCAGUAAAUUAACGAAACUUAUAGAAUAGGAAAAAAAAUCACAGUUUUAUUUGACAGAAAAUGAAGUUUUAUUUGGUGUAAUAUUGUACUAGUUGAGAGAGAAGAAUUGUGAUAUUUACUCAGAAUAUUACUUUCAGUCUGUGAACUGCAUAAGAAGUAAAACUAAUCCUCUAAUGUCAAGAAGUUGGUAAAUCAACUGAAAUGUGUUGAUUUGUGUGGCUGUUGGAGUUAAGUUUUGGCUGCACAAAUUAUCUAGUUUUAAAUGGAGUGGAUUCCUAAUUGUAUCUUUAGGUUUUAUAGUGUGUUGUGUUUUAUGUGAAUUCACUUUGUUUAAUGUUGAUUAUGUUCUUAGAAAGUAAGUGUUCUAAAUAAUGUGUUGGAAAAAUCAGAUCUCAUUAACAUUGGAACUGACAGUAAUUUUCCAGUAAAAGGUGUAUUUGUUUUUAUUGUCAAGGUACAGUAAUUUGAUUACUUAUCAAAUAAAUGAAGUACUGUACAUUACAGUACAGUGCUGUACAUUGGACUUUAGGUUUUAAAGAAUGCUUGAAAGAGAUGCAUAAAAAUAAUGGAUCACUAAGCUGCCACCGAGAUUUGUGACUUAGCACUGCCACCAUUGUGCUUCACAACAGCACAAAGGCUCACCAUCCCCAAUAAAGGAAUGGGAUGGUAAGCUUUAUUGACAUAAAAGUAUGUUCAAAUUUGGGGAUGGCACAUUCUGCUGUUUCUUUGCUCUACAGUAUUAAAAUAGAAUUAGAUAUCCAGUUGUCCGUCCAGUGGCAGCAAGUGGUUGUGUGCAGUAUUAGUUUCUUAAAGUCACCCACCCAUUAUUGUGCUUCUACCUUCUUAUAUGACCUUGAAGUUUUUACCGCAAUUUUGAUGGAUUUGAUUUAGCUCAGCCAGGUGCAGUAAUUAUCUGAAUGUUGUUGAUAUUUUAGAUACCAUCACAAGAUUUAGUAUGCAGUGAGUUUAAAGUUUUAUGUUAUUAGGGGCUUAACAUCGGCAUCCAUUUUAAAUUGUUGCAUUACUAUACAGUACUUAAGGAGGAAGUAAAUCUAUAACUGAGUGUUCAAGUGUUUUAUACCAUCAGGGUGACAGUAAUUUUUUUUUUUAAUUAAAUUGUUCAUGUUUUUUUAAUAGAAAUUUUGUAUUUUAUUAUGAAGUUCUUUUAUUGAUUACAUAUGACCCCUUCAGUAGUCUUCAUCUCUUAAGGUUACAUGGCUUAUAUUUUCUUAUAGUGAUGGUAAAUACUAAAUAUAAUUAAGAUGAGAUAAAAUUUGUUUUGCUGUAAAAAUUUUAGCCGCUAGAGAAAGCGACCCAUGCUGACCACCCUUCUCUCACACACUUCCUCUUGGUAUUUAAUUUUUCUUCUUUUACAAAAUCUGCUACCUGCAGUAUUUUUCUGUUAGCCCAUGUACAGUACUGUGUAAUGUACAAUACAGUACAGUAUAUGUACAUAUUUAAAACAGGUAUACCAUAGCAGUAAUUAUCCCUGUACCCUCAUACAUUCCUUUUUCUUUACUGUGCAUCAGUAUUUAUUAAACAAAUUAUCAAGGUCUUUAUUCUUUUGUGUGAGUUUUUUUCUUUUGUACAUCCCUGUUGAAAUAAACUAAUAUAUAAGGUUUAUAAUUGUUUUUGCAUAGGCAUUAGAACUAGGGGGCACUGGGGGCAUGGGUACCCCUGUAUUAAGGGACAGCAAACUUGCAAAGUCAGACACCCACAGAAGGACUAAUCAAUGUAAGAAAUGUGUCCACUCAGUGGCAUUAUGUUCCUACACCUAUGUAUUAGUAUAGUAUGUAUUUUGAUAAUAAGCACAUCAUUACAUUUAGGAAUUUGGGGGCAGUCAGGUAAAGCACGACUGUUGUAGCCUUUAAGAAUUUACAUCUUGCUUUGUAAAUUUAGAUCAGAGUAAAAAUAAGUGUUAUAUUAAGAUGUUGUAGAUGAUGUGUGACUCAUCCUACUAUGACUUUAGGUUUAAUAAGUAAAGCUAAAGGAUGACAUUGUUGAUGCCAGCUGAAUGAUAAUGUUUCUUUUCCAAGUAAGGACAGGAUAAUCAGUGCACAGGAUACUAAGACAAAGAAAGGUUUGGUGGAAGAUAUAGUUGAUCGUAUGAAGACAAUGUUUACCGUAGUACUUUAGGUUGGUAGUAUAUUUUAUAAUCAAAUGAACAAAUAUAUCAUCAACCAAACCUCUCACUGUCACUGGAUCUUAAAACUGUGGAUUACAACCAAACAUAAAAAAGUAUCCUUUAUCCUCACUGGACAAUGUCUUCUCAUUAGAGUGUUGGAUGUAUGGUCUGCUAUGAUAUUCAACUUGGAUGGAAAGAUGUUUAAACACAUUUGCACUUACGAACCUGUUUCUCUGGCCUGGUUGAGUACUACCACAGUAAAAUACUAGUCAUGGCAUUAUGAAAUUAAGGAUGAAAAAAUUUAUUGUACUAUAUUAGUUUGUUAAUAUCUAAGAGUCCUUGUGUUUAUAUUUACAUGUUAUGCUGGAAAUGAGAGAUGAGUCAAUAUAGCCCUUACAGUGUGUGGCUUAUUUUAUUAUUUUUACCACUUUAUUGUACUGGGUCACAUAUUGUGGAAUGAAGAUAUUUUCACAAUUUUCCCUACACCCUGGGCCUUCUAACCAGACAUAUUAUAAAUUAAUAAACUUGUGUGUAAAGACUAAUAGGUACACUUAAAAAUCUUAAAGGUUUUGCUCCAAAAUUUCACAUAAAAAUAUUGCAUUGUUAAAUGACAUUUAGCAAAAACUAUGUACUGUAAUAGUUAUACCUGUACAUAUGUACCUGAUUCUUUGCAUAUUUUUUUAAAUAAACAAAUUGCUGUAAUAAA